UUUUCAACCAUCAACGCCACCUGCAAAGCUUUGCAUCCACCAAGAGAAGCUUCAGUCGACCCGAGUCGACUCUAAACCAAACCUCAAUCACCACUCAAUUCAAACCGCGCGUUUGUUUGACGGCUCUGCUGUCAAAUGAACCUGCACCAGCUAACUUCCUGAGAUCCCCAUCUCCUCUCUCCCUUCCAUGAGAGGUCCCUCCAUCCACUAAAUGCCCAUUUACUCCAACAUCGCCUCGACUCUCGCACGUCAGGGUCCCAAAACCUUCACACACGGUUACGCCCAAUCUCUCGUUGCUGCGACUCACCCCCAAGUCUACGCGUCUAACAACAGACCCGGAUUCGGUCUUCAUCGUCGAGCAAGCAAGGCCGGACAUUACCCCAGCUACCACUUCCAAAAUGCUUUUCACAGCAGCGCCCAGUCCUCGAGCACUGUUACUCAAGUGCGCCCCGUCGAGAAGAAUGAUGCAGGUUUAGAGGCAUACUUUGAGGCUUGGAAGAAGCAACACGCGACUGGUGAACCAGAGAAGGAAUGGACACAAUUUCAGUUUGCUAAACGCAUCGAGUGGAAGCCCUUAAUUGAGGUUGACGCCGAGGGCAAGAGCAAUGUCCAAUCUGCCGAAGAUGCCGCAAAGCCUGUCCUGGAUAGGGCAUACAGUGCGAGCGCGGUAGAUGAUAUCAAGAGAGCAGAAAUUAGUCUGGAGGAGCAAGCAGCACUCGCCCAGAUUGAUGCGGCUAUCAACAAGGAGAUCCAGUCUCGAAAUGACCAGGUUAUCUUUGAAGCAGAAUUAAGCGUUGUUGCGGCUCGAGUUCCAACUCCUCCAAUUGCACGGGCUCAAUCACCUGCACCUUCUUCUACCGAGACUGGAUUCUCUGCAACCACUCCAGCUACCUCGGUGAGCACAGUUUCGGAUCUCCAAUCUCAAAGCUAUGCUGAGCAUCUUUCCAAGCUCUCUGAGGGUGCGCGAUAUGCCGAGAUCCCAGCAGUCUUCGAGGCCAUGCUGGUCGCUGGCAUUCAACCUACAGCACCAGCUUACAAUGCCCUGUUGGAUGCGGCUGUUCAUCUCCCAGCUGAACAGAUCCAAGUCGUUCCUAAGGCUCUGGAUGUCUACUCAGAUAUGCUGCGACGAAAGGUGUUGCCAAAUACCACCACAUACAAUACCUUGUUGAAUCUGAUUGCUUCAAGAACCCUUGAAGUAUCGUCUCAAAAGCAGUUGUUGGAGGAGAAGCGACAUCGUUUCGGCGGUAUGGAGGAAGCUGGCAAAUUUAUGUUUGCCUCAAACGAGUACGAAUAUGCCAUCCUUGCUGAAGCAGACCAUCUCGAUCUUGCGAUCAGAAUGUUUGAUGCAUCCAUCACCAUUCGAAAGGACCGAUCGUACCCACCCGAAACGUACCAUCGACUCAUUUCGGCGUGUUCCGAGACUGGCAGAAUUUCAGAGAUGAUCCGCAUAUAUGAACACAUGGAAAACAACAAGAUCGUUCCGCUAUCAUCUACUUUCCCACCAAUGAUGCACGGUUUCACGCAGGUCGGCAACUUACACAACGUUGUGGAGUGCUACGACGAGUACAAGCAAAUGGCCAUCAAUCACGACCAAGGCAAGAUCGAACUUUCAGAUCGACAAGAUGGCACAGUUUACGCCGCCGUGAUCAAGGCUUAUGUCAAGACUGGCAGAAGCAGCGGUGCCAUCAAAUUCUAUGAAAGAAUCCUCGACGCCAGCCCAUCAGAGGUAUCUCCAAUUAUAGAUGUCAUUGUGAAGGAUGGAUUUGUUCAAGGUCACUUGGAUCGAGGCGAGCUUGCAGAGGCUCUCAACUAUGCUGAGGGUCUUAGUAAUUCGUCCAAGAUCGUUACCAUGAGCCAGAUCGCAACACGUGCCGCUGACAGGGGUAACAAGGCUGCAGCAGUGGCUGCUUUUGCUCACAUUCCAGCUACUUUCCAGGAUAUGGCCCGCCCAGCAAUGGCAAUGUUGGCAUUGAGCAUUCGAGAAGGUGAUGUCCCAGCUGCUCAGCGAUACUGGCACAUUCUUUCAGGACCAGAGAUGCUCGUAACACGAAACUUCAUCGAGCCUGCUGCCAUGUACGCUAUUGCUAUGAUUGGUUCCGGACAAGUCCUCGAAGGCCUUACCCAGUCUGAACAGAUGUUCGCCCGCAUUCGUUCUGGUGUAGUCAACGCCAACUCUCACCUUCAUGAUGAGAUCGAGGAGGGUGUAGAGUUUGUCAACCGUUUCAUGGCAGCACGUGGUAUCACAGAUCCCAGAACCAUUGUCCCUGAGACUCCUGUUUUCCAACACAGCUUCGCUCCAGCUCCAUAUCAUCCUGCAAAAACUUAUGAGGAUACUUUUGACCCAUAUGCCGCCUCGACUGACUUCAAGGGAUCUGCUCUCAUUGCCGACGAACUUGAGAAGGGAAGCAACGCUCGUGCCAAGACAUCCCGUCUGAAUGAUGCUCUUGGUAGAUUCCGCAACAUGCGCCGCGCUGGCCGUCAUCCAAGAUAUAUCACCUAUGCCAAGCUCAUAGCCGCCGCUGCACGAGAGGAGCGUAUGAAUUUGGUUCACGACAUUCUUGGAAUGGCCCGAACCGAUAUUCCAUUGCUUCCACAGUACUCUGUUGUCCGCUAUGGAUGGGUAUCGAUCCUCGAUGCUAUGGUUGGCGCUUGUCUUACACUCGGUAACCGAACCUUGGCUGCUCAGUAUCAUCAAGAACUUCUCGACAUGGGAGCUGCACCUACCGCCAACACUUUCGGUUUGUACAUCACUACUUUGAAGGAGUCGACCAAGACCUUUGAUGAAGCUACCGAGGCAGUCAAGAUCUUCCACCGUGCCAAGACAGAAGGUGUUGAACCUUCGUCUUUCCUGUACAAUGCGCUUAUUGGAAAGCUUGGAAAGGCUCGUCGUAUCGACGACUGUCUCUUCUACUUUGCCGAGAUGCGUGCCCUUGGUAUCCGCCCCACCAGUGUCACAUACGGCACCAUUGUCAAUGCUCUCUGCCGUGUUAGUGACGAGAAGUUUGCUGAAGAGCUGUUUGAGGAGAUGGAGUCUAUGCCAAACUAUAAAGCCAGACCAGCUCCAUACAACAGCUUGAUGCAAUUCUUCUUGACUACGAAGCGUGACAAGGGCAAGGUCCUCGCUUACUAUGAGCGCAUGAAGAGCAAGGGAAUCGAGCCAACGAAUCACACCUACAAGCUUCUUGUCGAUACUCAUGCUACCUUGGAACCUGUCGAUAUGCCCGCCGCUGAAGCCGUCCUUGACGUCAUUCGCAGCACUGGUCAAAAGCCCGAAGCCGUUCACUACUCGUCUCUGAUCCACGCCAAGGGCUGCGUCCUUCAUGAUAUGGAAGGUGCCCGUGAUGUCUUCGAUUCCGUUAUGGCUGAUCGCUCAGUCCGACCACAAGCCUGCCUGUACCAAGCCCUCUUCGAGUCUAUGGUUGCCAACCAUCGUGUCGUCGAUACCGAACCGGUUCUCCGAGAUAUGGCUACUCGCAGUGUUGAAAUGACUCCAUAUAUUGCCAAUACUCUCAUUCACGGCUGGGCCAAUGAGAUGAACAUCGACAAAGCCAAGUCCAUCUUUUCUCGUGUCGGCCGCGAGAAGAGAGAGCCAAGCACAUACGAAGCCAUGACCCGAGCUUACCUCGCCGUCGAAGACCGAGCCAGCGCCAAGAAUGUUGUUCAAGAAAUGCUCAGCAGAGGCUAUCCUGGCGCUGUAUCCAACAAGAUUCUCGAACUACUCGGAGGUGGUAACGCUGAGAACACCGUCUAAAUACCCUUCGUUGAGAUGGAAGUUUCUCGCAUACCAUUUCCACCUUUCUAAUUGUCUAUUUUGCACUCUACGGAGCUGUCUAUAGAUGAUUUCUGCAUACUUUUUCCUUUGUCAAUGAUACCCGUGCCCUUUGCACAUCUUUGCGAAUACAAACUGGGUAUCAGGGGGUCGUGCGAUCUGGUUGAAACCUUAAUGAAGAGAAGAAAACAUUCUAUUUCCUUUGUCAGUCCGUCUGCAUAAAAUUAUCGCUCUGUUGUUUUGUACCAACAUUGAGCUUGAGGCGUUGUUUGGUUUUCUUUUUCACUAAAGCGAAGGGAAUGGGGAUUUCUUGCAUUGGUG